GCACCAGCGACGGCAAGGAAAACACCAAGAAGUCAGGAAGAGAGGACUCUGAGGGGGCAAUGGCUUUCUUUCUCAAACCACGACCAUGCACGUGGGACCUUGCCCUGGACUACCACACCGCCAAACAGUUUGAAGUGGAUGUAACCCUGGAUCCAGCCACAGUGGGUCCGGAGGUGAUCCUCUCUGAGGACCUCAAAGAAGCCACCUGGGGUAGACCUCGCUGCCAGUGGCCCGAGGGUCCGGGCCGGUUCGACACAGACCCGUGCAUGUUGGGCAGCGAGGGCUUCACCUCGGGCCGUCACUACUGGGAGGUGGAGGCCAAUGGGCGCUUCUGGGCCGUGGGGGUGGCCCGCGAGUCAGUGCAGAGGAAAGGCCGGGUCCUCUUCAAGCCCAACACUGAAAUCUGGGGCUUGCAGAAGUAUGAUGAGCUCUGCGUUGCCCUUACCGCUCCAUCCAACACCUCUGUCCCACUCCUCAAUGGGGAGAUUGGGGUCUACCUGGACUAUGAGGUGGGACAGGUCUCUUUCUACGCUGUCAGCAGCCGCCAGCGCAUCUUCACUUUUCCUGUGGCCUCCUUCAGUGGGGAGAGGGUCUUCCCCUACUUUUGCGUUCUCCUCUCAACCAUUAAAUUGUCCCCCAAGGGCUGAUGCCCUGGAAGGAUCCUCCCGAAAGCUGGUUGCAUCACAGUGGUUGGAAAUGCUGGUUGAUGCUCCUCAACUCUUAUUUUCCAAGUCUUGGAGUCAUUUCUAACUCAGUUCAUUGUCCUUCAUCUUAGAUGUCUGGUUUGGGUUGUGCCCGGGGGUUUUGGGUCUGAGCUCAGCACGGCUCAUCUUAAGUUGUUAAAUUCAUACAAAGCUCGUUAACAGGAGCUGGACUUCCCUGAGCUUGUUUUGAGCUAAAAACUUCAUUUUUUCUCCCAAAUACAGCUUCCUCUGGUGGUUCCUUUUGCUGACCUCAGUGCCUAUGAUUGGCUGGGCUUUCAGCACAAAUUAAAAAUCCUGAUUUUUGCAGAAUUUUUAUUAAUACCAGCAGCUAUUCCUCAUAUUAAAACUGAUUUUGUUAUCACAAGGAUGUGCUCACAUCCACUGCCCCCACUCUUUUCCUCUGCUGUUCCCCUUGUUUAAGAUGUAUUUCCAAGUACUUAGCAUGUAGAUAUGCUCCAAACAGAAUAAAUUUCUUUUUCUCUAAGAA